AUGCACGCUAGCAACUUCAAAGUCAUCGUCGUCGGCGGCGGUCCUGUCGGACUCACCGCUGCCCACGCCCUUACCCAAGCCAACAUUGACUGCAUCGUCCUGGAAAGCCGACCAAGCGCCAUCAUUGAUGCUGGGGCCAACCUUGUCAUGAUGCCGAUGGGAAUACAGGCCCUCAGCCAACUUGGUCUACUCGACGCCCUUGAAAGCGUCAGCACUCCUCUCGGCCAGACUGAACGACAAGAUCACCAAGGCCAAGAUAUCGGAGAUGUCAGAUGGUUCAAUUACUUCAAGAAGCACUUUGGUACAUCGCCUCGAGUUCUGAGCCGUCAUGAUCUCACAAAAGUCCUCUACGAAUCCCUUCCCCCCAAGACGCAAAGCAACAUCAUCACUGGCAAGAAAGUUGAAGAUGUCAUCCCACAUGAAGACGGGGUUGAAGUAACCUGCACCGACGGCAGCUCCUACAGGGGCUCCGUUGUUAUCGGGGCAGACGGUGCCCACAGUCUCAUCCGAGAACGAAUGCGCACACUGGCCUUGAAAGCCAACGAAACUGAGGUGAAUGACGAGAAGCCAUUCUUGACAACCUACAGAGGAUUCUGGCUUCGAAUGCCUACGUCAGAUACUGGCUUGCAAGCUGGAAUCACCUCUGAGACACAUGGUCCCGGUGCAACCACCCAACUAUUUUCUGGCCCUGACACGACCGUGAUGGGACUGUAUGAGAGGCUGGAGAGCCCGACAAGAAGCCGAGCGCGAUAUACCGAAGAGGAUCAAUUGGCGUUGGUCGAACGCUGGGGCCAUCUUCCUCUUGCGCCUGGAGGGAAACUCACCUUGAAAGAGGCCUUCUCUCGCAGAACGCAGUCAGGAUUGGUCAACUUGGAGGAAGGCGUCGUGAAGCAUUGGAGUUGGGAUGGACGUAUUGUGCUUGCCGGGGAUGCCGCUCACAAGUUCACCCCCAGCACUGGAGCGGGUUGCAACAACGGCAUCGUUGAUGUUCUUGCACUGGCGAAUGAACUGUACCAGGUCGUCCAGGAAACAGCCUCACCGAACAGGUCUGAGCUAGCCAGUGCCUUCAACAAGUACCAAUCUUUACGAUUGGAGGCAGUCACUGCCGCUUGCUCAGGCUCAGGCCAGGCCACUGCGAGUGCCACUUGGCAAACCGCAGUGCACAAGUUCAUCGACAAACAUGUCUUGGCAAGCCAUUCGAUGCAAAGCUUCUUUUUUAGCCAAGGAGCAAAGAGGAUGGCUCAAGUUCCAAGGAUGGAUUUUAUCAAGGAUGCGGGGGUUGUUUGA